UGGGCGGACGAAGAAGAGAGCGCAAAAGAGGCGAGUCACUGUCUCUCUCUUCUUUCUCGCUCCUCAUUUCUUGGCCAUUUUCUCGCUCUUCGGCCCUUCUCUCUCUAAAAAAACCCUAGUUUCUUCGCCUCAACCCUCCCAUUCUCUAUUGCUCCAGGCGCCAUGGCUCUGUACGACAAGAACACCAGACAAUCACUGGUUCCAAGUUUUCUCUACUCCAUUUCUUCAAAAAAGGCCCUAGAUUUGGCCGGAAAUGAGGCUAAAAGCCCUAAUUUUAAUGAACCCAUGGUUGCUGGCAAGGCCAGAAACCCUGGAUUUGUGGUACCUGCACCUUUUGAACCAGGCAAGAUCGAAAUGUAUUCCCCUCAGUUUUACGCUGCUUGCACAGUUGGUGGAAUCCUCAGUUGUGGUCUCACUCACAUGGCUGUUACACCUCUGGAUCUGGUCAAGUGCAAUAUGCAGAUUAGUCCUGAGAAAUAUAAGAGCAUAUCAUCUGGUUUUGGGGUAUUAUUGAAAGAACAAGGAGUUAGAGGUUUCUUCCGUGGUUGGGUGCCAACUUUGCUUGGUUACAGUGCCCAGGGUGCCUGCAAGUUCGGUUUUUAUGAGUUCUUCAAGAAAUACUAUGCUGACAUUGCUGGCCCUGAGUAUGCUGCCAAGUACAAGACUUUGAUUUACCUUGCUGGUUCCGCUUCUGCUGAGGUUAUUGCUGAUGUUGCUCUGUGCCCUAUGGAGGCAGUGAAGGUCCGAGUUCAAACACAACCUGGGUUUGGCAGAGGGUUGUCUGAUGGGCUCCCCAAGUUUGUUAAGUCUGAGGGUGUACUUGGGUUGUAUAAGGGAAUACUUCCACUUUGGGGACGUCAAAUUCCAUACACCAUGAUGAAGUUCGCAACCUUUGAGACCACUGUGGAGAUGAUGUACAAGUACGUGAUCCCUAUGCCUAAGGACCAGUGCAGUAAGCCACUACAGCUCACCGUGAGCUUCGGUGGUGGAUAUAUUGCUGGUGUUUUCUGUGCCAUCGUUUCUCAUCCUGCCGAUAAUCUUGUUUCCUUCCUUAACAACGCCAAGGGAGCCACAGUGGGUGAUGCCGUGAAAAAGCUUGGUGUCUGGGGUCUCUUCACCCGUGGCCUGCCUCUACGUAUUGUCAUGAUUGGUACCCUCACUGGAGCACAAUGGGUUAUUUAUGAUGCCUUCAAGGUGUUUGUUGGCCUCCCAACUACUGGAGGGGUUACUCCAGCACCUGCCGCUGCUCAGAAGGAGCUUCCAGCCACUUCUUGAGAGCCACCACCGUGGAAGAGCGAGUCAUUUCUACAGAAAUAAUCAUCUGUACGAGUUUUAUUGAGAGUAUAUUAAAUUUUUUUUUGGAGUCUGAUACUAUCUGAUCCAUUCAGUUGACUUUUUUACAUUUUUCUGUUCUUCUUGGGGCUGUAUGGAAUUUUUUAUCCUCCCUUUUCUGUUAUUGGGAGGGCGGUUUUGCUCUCAUCCUUCGCUCACGAAAGAACUCAAACCACGAGGUGUGAAGUCACUUGUGGUUGAGCCUUUUGGUUGUGUACUAUUUUGAAGGAACUAAAGAAUCAAUAAUUAUUGAGUGUUUUAAGAUUUUCAAUUACA